AUAUUAAUAGUUGGUUAUUAAAAGUUGGUUUGUACACUGCUGCGAUUAAUUAAUUUGGACGAGUACCCAGAUGACUGUUCGUGGAGGUUGGUGGUAUAAUGCGAGCCACAGAUUAGAAGAGAAAAACAGGUAUAGAAUUAAAACGAAAGGUGUGCUAGUCUCUUCUUAACUUUAAUUACCAUAUUCGUUUGUAGUAAAGGAAACCCAUAAAGUUGUGCAAGAUGCGUGCGGUAGCUUUCCUGCUAUUAUGUGUAUGUUACAAGGUCGAGGCGCAGGGUGGCGGAAUAAAAAUGAAGAUAGGCGAACAUGGUCUUAAUGAAGUGAUUUCAUACCUAUUGGACCACGUUCUUAUUCCAUACGUACAAAACGACCUUGAUGUAGAAGACUAUGUAUUUGAGAUGGGAAAAACAGCUCGAAUACUUGUUGACAGGUUACAGCUUAAUACACUAGAAGGUCAAUACGGUAGUGUUAACAUCUUAGACGGAAAUAAAGUCGAUGUCACGGUGGGUUUCGCGACGCUUGGACUGAACGCAAACCUUACACGUGUGGCAGGGUAUUACAAUAUUUUAUCUCUAUUGUACUUAUUCAGAGAUGAUAUCAUAUAUGCACCGCAGACUAUUGUUUAUUUCAAGGACUGUCAGUUGCAAAUUACAUUUUCCCUUGGAACGGAGCAAAACAAAGACGCUGUAACAUUUGAUACGUGCAAAGCAACCAUUGGUGAUUUCAAAGCUGAGGGCAAACUGGGUUCUGCACUUGAAGGCGCAUAUGUGUUAGGCGGUAGUGAGAGUAUUUCCUCCCUUGUAGUAGAGAUAUGUCCAACCUUGGAGAAUAUCACAAACGACAACCUCAAUGACAUUCUCAGUGUUCAAGAGACUGUGUCGAUAUCAAGUAGCACGUAUGGCAAGAUGUCCGUAAAUAUGAAACUACUGUCUGCUUCUACUGGAACUGACUUCAUUACAAUGGAAGUGGAGGUGACCGUAGAUACAGAACGAUUUGUUGGAGACAUCCAUUUUCCAGUAUAUGGUGAAAAACAAAGCACCCUUGAUGCAGUCCUCUUGAUUAACGAUCAGCUCCUGAGUAAAGUCUGCGAACACACUAUUCAAGACCACAUAUUUAAGAAUUUUGUGUUCAAUAAGACUGUAAAUGAGGUUUGGUACACAGUUGAAGUCAAUGAAGCGUCCAUACAAAGCAGGGUAGUGUCUACAGACGAAGGAACUAGUGUUAUAUGGAACGUCACCAUAGCCGUUUAUACAAGUGACAACUGUAUGGUUUAUCAGCUAAAAAUGGACAGCGUCAUUCCGGUGGUGUUCGGCUUUAAUGGCACGUUGAUUGACAUACACGCCGAUAAAGACAGAUUUCGUAGAGAAUACAUGGUGUCAAACUGGAAUAAAGCUUGUACAGGAAGUGCGGGAAAACUGGACACCAGUAAGAAAGUGCAGAAGGACCUUCUACAAGAAUUAAACAGCGAAUUUGAAAAACGUCUGAAAGAUAAAAGUAUUGACUUUAAACUCCCAAAAGGAAAAUGGUAUGGAUUUAAAGACCCUCGUAUCAGGUCGUUGAAAGGUGGAAUGGUGUUUUCGUCUUCACUGCGAGUUGGGGACAACAAUCAAGUGACGGUAGAGAAACUGACACAUGUCUACAAUACACACUACGAUUCAAAAUUUACCAGUUACACAUACAGUGAUGGGGAGCAAGUUGACGUUAGAGGUCCUCCUGUUAGCAGUCCCAAACCUCCUGUUAGCAGUAGUGUGUUACAAACAUAUAGCCUAACUCUGACUGUACUUAUCAUUUUACUGAUUAUCAUCCAUUAAUGCAUUUGACAGUUUUUAGUAUCUAUUUGCCAUUGAUAAAUUGUAUCUUAUCUGCCAUUUCUGAAAGUGCGUGCGACCGUUACUUUCAAAGUUACGUCACUAUUUUAAUUUAAGUGUCGCCAAGGACUUUUUUUGUAGGCGGAAAACUGAGGUUGCCCCCGACUAGCACUGACGGCCGUCCAUUAUUUAAUUAAUACUCAAAUAAUAUGACAUAUAUUUAAUUUCAAACUCUCCUGUCGAGUAUACAUUGAAAUAACAUCAGUUAAAAUAAUUAUUUGAUGCACCGCUUAUUUUGGAAAUAAUACAAAACGUUCGCGAUUUUCUGGGACAACCCUCAUAUUGUGAACAUUAUCCGGGUCAGGACAUAACACUUCGUACUACAAAUACAUCAUGAAUCAGUUCCAUUGAAAUACAUGUUUCUCUUUUUCUAAAGGUGCAUAUGUAUGCCAAUUAAAGUAUAUUUACUGGUUUGAACGUCCUGUUACUCUGACUUUAGAAUGGUCUUAUCAUAAAUGCUAAACAUAGCAUUCUAUUCUUUCAACGGAUAUUCUUAUUUCAAAAUUCUUCAUAUAUAUAUAUAUAUAUAUAUAUAUAUAUAUAUAUAUAUAUAUAUAUAUAUAUAUAUAUAUACUACACGUUUUUUAUAUGUCUGCCCUGAUGAUUAUGAUAUGAAACCGGUAGGUAAACAGAUAUACAGAUAGAGGAAACCCAUUGGAUGUUUUUCUUUUUUAUUUGUUAUAUACUUUUCCAGCAGUAACGUUUAAGAGAGAGAGAAAGAGAGCAAUCUUAAAUAUAACUGUUUCAAAUAUCAUUUUUUCCAAUUCUACGUAAUUCAGAAAGUGUAUUUGGAAGUAAAAAUAAUGUAACGCUUCGAAGCUCAUUCGGCAAUUUUAGGUUCGAACACUUACCCGAGCUUGCAUGUUGUCAAUACAUGAAAUAGAAACGUCAUCAUAAAUGACUUAUCAGCGAGUUAAAUGUCUAUACCAAAUGUCAUAUAUUUAUAUAAAUUGUAUUACCGUUUCGAUAUCUUGUGCCAUAAUGCAUUUUAGGUCCUGCGAUGCAGGAGUUAAUGAAAUUAUAACUUGCAAGCCCAGAGCCUUACUUGCGUUACAAAAGUUUAUUCUGCUCUGAAACUACUAUAGCAGGAACUAUUAUGUUUUAUGUGUCAUGUAUUGAUAUGUAGUAUCAAUCUAAAAGCCAGGUAUCGAACUUAUAAUCUUGACCCUGUGGUUAAAACAAACCCGUAACAGGGGUCGUUUAUGUAGUUCACGCACACUUAUGUAAAAAGGGCUAUGUUUUUUGAAUCUGGCUUUCCCUGGUGAAUUUUUGCCCGUGUUUGCUUUAUACAGGAAAACCAUUCUGCCUUUGCGACCAGCGCAGACCAAGAUCAGCCUGCACGAAUGGUCUACACUGUUCGCUAUUCAGUCAGUAAAUAUUCAUUGAACACCCCUUCAAAUGAUAAAUGGUUCUGCCCAAAUUGAAUCAUUGACUAGUCCACUUUAAACAUUUAGCGAGCUAAAGGUUAAAAUCACAAUUGCUGAAGCUUUUAGAUGUUCUAUAUAGCAUAGUUUAAUUUAUUUUCAUCACCUGAAUAAAUACUCAGUAUUUUGUAAAAGCGACGCCUUCUGGUGUCAUUUGUUUUAUAUGGAUACAUAUGAAAAUCUAACUGAGCUGUAUUAAACUUAUACAAAUUAUUAACCUGUAUAUAUAGAGAGAAAAACGAAGGGCCAGCUAAACCAGUUAGUCCAGUAGAGCGUCAGAUACUCAUGGGCCUCUUGUUAGUUUAUAUACUAUGGGUUUUUGUCACAUUAAUUCUAUAUAAUGAUCCUUUAUAUGUCUUAAUUUUAGGCUUUGUUAUUUGCUUUAUUUGUGGGUGUACAAUAUAUCAGUUCAGUUGACUCGCAUUGUAGAUUUUGUUUCAGUAAUGUCAACAAUGUUGAUUGUAUAAUUGACGAGGUUCUUUAGACUGAAACUAAAAAAUGCAAAUAACCUGCAGGACUCGGUUUUGACUGAUUUUGCAUUGUCUUUAAAACAGCAGCGAUUGUUGAUGUUAAUCCGAAAGCAAUCACUGUGCGCAUUUAAGCUGUUCAUUAAAUGUUAUAUAAAGAGUAAUGCUGUUUUUACCUGUGGAAACCGCUAAAUGCGUUUACGCGGAAUUAUUUGGACAAAUGUAAGACAGGUCUAAACAAAGAUGCUACUGAUCGAGUUUGGUGAUAAUCGGUCUAGAAGUGGUUUAAAGUUGUGUUUUGUUUUUUUGUUUGUUGUUUUUGUUUUUGUUUUUGUUGUUUUUGUUUUGUUGUUGUUGUUGUUGUUUUCGUUUCUUAGCUCAUGUCUUCCCAUACUGUUUGGGUAAAGGAUACCACUUUGUUAAAGAGGACUGGUAAAUGAAUAAGCAUUUAGAACGGAAACAUUUCAACAUUCUAAUGUUGAGUAAAGUAUUUAAAAGGAAUCCCGCUUCUUUUUGUAGGCGGAAAACUGAUCGUGCCCAGACUAGCACUGACGGCCGUCCAUUAUCUAAUUAAUACAUGUACUCAAAUAAUAUGACAUAUAUGGAUGGAUUUAUAAUGUUGGCAAAACUUGUGGUCCAACCCUUUUAUAUUAUCGCACAUUUGCAAAGUUACUGAAUAUUUCUUUAUGUACAGUAGUAUUAUAUAUGUCUUGAUGUAAUGAUAGUUUGCUGUUGUAUAUAUAUUUACAUAUGUAUCUGUAUAUUAUUGUCUUGAUGUACAUUUACCAUAAUGUCUUGUGUGAUAAUUACAAUGAAAUAUGAUUAAACUAAAAACAUUUCAACAGAAAAAUAUCUGCAAAAAUAGUUUGUUUUUUGGUAGAAUGUGAAUAAGACUUGCCAGUGGCGUAUUUUGUAUUUAACCCUAUCUUAAACAGAAUGUUUUACUUUUCAAGGGAAAUUACCAGUACUGAAAUUUAGAUUGGUAGCAGUGAAGGUUUUCACCCUUUUUAAACACUGGCAUUUUACAUCAGCUAAGUUUAAUCCACUAGUGUAUUGACCUGUCAAAAAUGAUGCAAAAAGGCCGACAUAAUGUUGUAGCGGUUUCUUACAACAUGCGAUGGCUUAUUUCAUCAGAUCCGCUGCCUUUUAAAUCACUAAAUUGAAGUGCUUGCUCUGUGGUAUUUAUGUUGUUAAUGGAUGUGUUUGAAACAAAAUCUGUAAAUAGAAUCUGGAAAGUAGAUCCCUCGGAAGCACCGAGAACAAGUCAAACAGUGAAAAUUGCAGACUCGGUUUGACUGAUUCUGUUCAUGAGCAGUAAUGGAAAAUACAACAGUUCCCACGCACCCUAGCACCGGGUUAAGCAGUAUUCAAUCUUCAAAUCUAAAUGGAAUUUAAAUCAAUGAUUCCGAAGGACCAGAAAAUAUAACAACACUGAGAUGAAGUUGGGGCGACUUUUUACGACCGCCACACAGUACUUAACACCCGCUGUUGUGAAGUAAAUAAAAUCUGGAAAGUAGAUCCCUCAGAAGUUCAGAUUUAGAGUUAUAAAUUGUAGAGAACGAAAGAAAAAAAAAUAUUUAAAGAAUUAGCUAUUUCGUCAUCAGAAACAGAAUAAAGGGUGUCUUCAUUUUCAGUGAAGGUGUCUUGUCGCACUUAGCUGAAUUUUCUUCGAUAAGUAUUUUGACCAGUGUUCAAUGCUAUAAGGGAUUUGUAGUAUUUAUACCAUAUAGUCAUGAUUUGUAAUCCAUGCUGGAUAUAUUACCUAACUGAUGUUAGUUAAAUUCAGUUUCAAUUCUUCUUAUGAAAAGUAACAUUUUUCACUUUCGCCAUUGUUCAUGUGAUAGGUCAAUGAGCUGAAACUUGUGGGUCACUUACCAAGGUGUUCUGCUUGAUGAACUUUUGGAUUUUAACAAAACUGUGUGUAGCUCAAAGCGCAAGCAGUGCUUUGGUGUUAUUGAUUGCCAAAUCUGAAGCUUUGGGGUCUAUGUCAUAUGACGUUUUUGUAACGUUGUAUUACUCGAUGGUAUAGCCAAUUACUUGCUAUGGAAGUGCCAUUUUGAGUAAUAAGACAUUCUCGUGCAUUAACUCAGUACAAAAUCGGGCUAUGCGUCAUUUCAUAGGUGCCUGGGAGAAUUGGCAAGGCAUUCAUCUCAGGUUAAAGAGUUGAAGUCUGUCAGCAGUGGUAUACUAGUACUUAACUGUAAAAUUUUCACAGCAUAUAAAGCUAUAAGUGGAAAUAAGUGUAAAACUGGAAAAAUGAGUUUACAAAAGGUGUAUACAAAUUAGGAUUAACUGAACAUUACAGUCAGUGGUAAAGACAGUCGUCUAAAUCUUUUUGUGAUUUGCAAUAUUGCACCUUUAAUGCCAUAGUAUAGCAUUGCAUGGCGCAGCCUGUUUAAUAGGAAUACAAAUUUAAAUGGUAGAGCAGGAAACAAGUUAAGGACUAACAAGUUGAUUAAGCAGGAGUUUUUAACUAAAAAUCACUCGAAAAUGCUCAUGCCUUUAAAACGUAGGGCGGCUUUUGCUGAAUCUAGAUGUGGGAUUUCCACAAUCAGACUUGAAACUGGCCAUUAUGAGAACCUCCCCAUUAAGAAUAGAACUUGCAAUGUUUGUAGGGAAUCUGUUGAAAACGAAGUGUAUGUAAUACCUCAUUGUUGCAAAUUCAAGACAGCAAUUGGUGAGUUUUUUUCAAGGGCAGGUCACUGUUUAGAUAUAGUUUUUCUGUUAUAAAACUUUAAUAUUUUUAGAAUUAUAGCUAAGAUGUUAUAUAGUCAGAUUAGUAUCAACUUUCAUUUUUUUAAUGCUUACAGAUUAUACUGGAAUUUUAGGAAUGUGUACUAGAUUGUAUUUUAAUGUUUUAUUUCAGAAUCUGUUAUAAUUCAAUAUAAUGAUUGAAACUGGACGUUUUAUGAAUUUUAUAUUUGUGUGUAUGUUGAUAUUUGUACUCAAAUAUUCUAUAGUGAAAACGCUGUGUUAUCAAAAUAUUUAUUUUUAUGCUUGCUUUUUCAUAUUAUUUAUUUUAUUUCUUACUCGUUUAAAAUAAUUUCAGUCUGAAAAAUUAUUUUUGUUGAUUACGCAGCCUUGUGUGUACGUCUAUUAUGCUUUCUUGAUGUUUUACGUAUUUUACAGUUGUACCAUGACUUGUCUUUUUAGGGCGUACUGUUACAAAGUAGGUUGAAAUACAUGAUUUUACCAUGUCAAGAACUUUAGUGACAAAAAUGGAAAAGCUUCCUCAACUGAAUCAUUUACAAGAAAUGACCAAGUUAUUGAUCGUAUACUUUGAUUUAGUUCGUCACAAUCUGCAUUUUUGUAGUUCCAAACACGUCUCUUAAAAGGAGCACUAAAUUUAAACUCAAUUUUUAUAUGUGCAUAUGUGGCAUAGUGAUCACUUACAAGUCGGUCUGUUUUCAAAACUACCAGAUUCAUAUGAUGAAGUGUAAUAGUAUUCAGACAAUACAUCCUCCCGAAUGUGCAGUAUUACCUUUCCGGAAAGCAUCGGUCUCUUGAUCUGGAGGCCGGUUGAAUAUUCGAAUACUAGUGAGAGCGUAAUAUGAUCUCCAGUCUCAAUAAUUCUUUACCAGGAUGGGAAUACUGGUAAGAAAUCCAGAAAGUAUUCAUCUUUCUCUGAAACUUGAACGUUUGGACUAGAAUUUACCAACUUUUAUAUGGUUUCAAAAGAAGACGUGAGACAAACGUCCGCCAGGUAACAAGUAGUGUAGCACAUGGGUGUUUUCACGUGAUUUUUUACCGAUAUGCGAUUGGCUUAUCGCAUUUAUGAAACGCCGUUUUUGCAAUAUAGCUGGCAUAGAUAAUGUGACCAGUUGAGCUUAACGUUGCCUUUAUACAUGAAAGGGAAAUAUAGUUAUUUUUGCUCAAAACAAUACCUUUCAGAAUUAAGAAAUACAUAUUUCAUAGAUCUACUUGUAAAACAUGUAGGAUGGAGUAAUAUUUCCUACAUUUAAGCGUAAUGGUAUAAUAAAAAAACAAGCACGCUAUUCACCCAUAAGUUAGGCUGAGUGGUCAUACAUACAUCCAUAACAAUUUCUGGUCUGUAAGAGUAUAACUUCUGGCCGCAGAAAAUCUUUUGACUUGGCAUUUAGUUGAAAUGUAUUGAGGACGACUGUUAUGGCGAAAGAAUCAUAUCCAGGGAUGACAGCAAACAGGUCAAGUUCAAAUAAAUAAAGAAGUUGGUACACUUGUUUUGCUUCCAUCCCUCAGUUCAUGGAUAGUACUUCUUUUAAGCAGGUAUACAUCGCCCUUUAUAUUCUGACUUCCUGCGGCUCUGCAUUCCUUGCAAGCUCUAUUGCUUCUUCAAAGACGUUUCCAAGCACUAUUUAAUAGGGAGGCAAACCUCCUAUCAUGCCAACAAUAUCUGUACCCGAUAUUAAACCAGUCUGCAAACUUAGUUCAGUGUUCAUACCAGUAAGACUGUAUAAUAAAAUCUGUAAAAAGAUCCUUUGGAAGCAUAGAAUGCAACCAAGAAGAAAAAUAGCAGACUCGGUUUGAUUGAGUCUGUUCAUGAGAGGUAAUGAAAUGUGCAACACCUCUCACGCCCCCUAGCACCGGCUUAAGCGGAACUCUAUUACACAUAUGUUGAAUUGACUCCAUGAUCCCAAAGGACAAAAGUCAAGUUGCUGUAUUAACUGGUUCAUACAGUGGUAGAAGGUGUUAAGAUAUUGCGUUGAUAUGUCUGAUGACAGAGGUAAUGUUGGCCACUCCGCAUGCUAACAUAUAAACACUUUCUUUUGUCUCCAUCUCGGCUUUCGACUUUGCUUUCAAUUUAUUUGCAACCUAUAGAGGAACGUUUUGUUACAACGAUGCGUUCAUCUUUUCAUUCAGAUCUAUCAAUUCCGUUUCCUGGCCUGAAAUGUAAGAUGACAUAAACGUGACCAGAAUGUUAAUCUUAAGCCAUAAUCUGUCUUGUGCCGUAAUCGGCAUGGUAGCUUUGUGUUUAUUUAAGUCUAUUAACACAUUGAUAUAUAAUUUUUCACAUUUGUUAAUCUUUGAAAAAAAACCAUAGCUCUAGGUAUCUGGAAAUCGAAAUCCAGACUCAGACAAAGUUCUUGCUGUGCUGAUCAGACAAGACAAGAUCGAAAUAUCUAAGAAUUGCAUAUUUCUAAACAUUUUGAUUAACAGAUUCUCGUAAUAACUUUUCUAUUUCAGCCAGUGUUAUUAUUUUAUAUGAUGUGUGGCUAUCGUUUUACCACAAACACAUUCAGGUAUUUUUGCCUGUCAUGUGCAUUAUAUAUAAUGUUUCAUACAGCAGAAAUUAUACUACUAUUUCUUUCUUUUAUUUGUCAUUAUUAAAACAGCAUUUUGUUAAUAUUUAUUCUUUGACUAUGUUUCUCUUCUAGUUUUUUCUUCUAGUUAGAUCUACAUUUUUUGACUUUGCAAUUGUAUUACGCAUAUGUCAAAUAUAUUUCCGUAAACCACU